CGGGCGGCCUGGGCUGCGAGCCCCUCCCUUGGCGGGGGCGCGCAGCGAGGAGGACCGCACGGAAAGGGGGAAGUCAGGUGCCCGCUACCGCCGCCGCCGCUACCGCGGUUUGUCGCCAGAAGAAAAAUGGCGGAUCUGGAGGAGCAGUUGUCUGAUGAAGAGAAGGUGCGCAUAGCAGCCAAGUUCAUCAUUCAUGCUCCUCCUGGAGAAUUUAAUGAAGUGUUUAAUGAUGUUCGGUUACUACUUAAUAAUGAUAAUCUUCUCAGGGAAGGAGCAGCCCAUGCAUUUGCACAAUAUAACUUGGACCAGUUUACCCCAGUAAAAAUUGAAGGUUAUGAAGAUCAGGUACUGAUAACAGAACAUGGUGACUUGGGAAAUGGAAAGUUUUUGGAUCCAAAAAACAGAAUCUCUUUCAAAUUUGAUCACUUAAGAAAGGAAGCAACUGAUCCAAGACCAUAUGAAGCAGAAAAUGCAAUUGAAUCAUGGAGAACUUCAGUAGAAACUGCUCUACGAGCUUAUGUAAAAGAACAUUAUCCGAAUGGAGUCUGCACUGUAUAUGGUAAAAAAAUAGAUGGACAGCAAACCAUUAUUGCAUGCAUAGAAAGCCAUCAGUUUCAAGCAAAAAACUUUUGGAAUGGUCGUUGGAGGUCAGAGUGGAAGUUUACAAUCACUCCUUCAACCACUCAAGUGGUUGGCAUCUUGAAAAUUCAGGUUCAUUAUUAUGAAGAUGGUAAUGUUCAACUAGUGAGUCAUAAAGAUAUACAAGAUUCCCUAACUGUGUCUAAUGAGGUGCAAACAGCAAAAGAAUUUAUAAAGAUUGUAGAGGCUGCAGAAAAUGAAUACCAGACUGCCAUCAGUGAGAAUUACCAGACGAUGUCAGACACUACUUUCAAAGCCUUACGUCGGCAGUUGCCAGUUACACGCACUAAGAUUGACUGGAACAAGAUCCUUAGUUACAAGAUUGGAAAAGAGAUGCAGAAUGCAUAAGAUGAACAUUGCAUGACCGGAUCAUUUUAGUGUCUUUGCGUUAAAAAAAAAAAAUCAUUGCAAAAGUAUUCAAAACUGUCAAGCUACCCAGUCAGAGGGCUGUUGCCAUUUAAAAUCACUGUAAUUUAAUUAGUUUGGUUAGAGCACAAAGCUUAGCUAAUCAACCAUUUUUUUAAAAAUUUCUUUUAUUCAGAGAAGAUUGAAAAUCAGUUUAGUUUAAAUGUCUUUUACUUUCUGUUGUGUCUUUCUUUCUUACAAUGAAGACAUGAUUCCUCUAGUUUAAUGUCAAAAGUUUUUGAACUGUUUCAAAAAUGUUUUACUUACCGUAACCCUAAAGUUGUUGUCUUUUGGUCUAUGAAGUGGGUAACUGUUGGGGUCAAUAAUGGACAUUCUAGUUUAAGGUGGUUGAUGGAUUUAGCCAUAUAUGCUGCUAAAGAAAUUGUCUACCUUCCCCCCCUCACCUCUUUCAUUUAUGUAAGAUUGAGAUUAGAGGGAAAGCAUUUUCUAUAUCAAUUAUGUUUAAACCUUUCAAGAAGGUUAUUUAGCGAGCUUAGUGUUUAACUGAACUUUUUUUAAACAAGGCCAAGGUCUAAUGCUGUUUUGAGAUUCUGAAUUAAAUGAAAAUUCUUAUUUCAGAAAUGCAUUUAAAUGCUUUUUUUUUCUUGUGACAGUUAUGCAAAUUAGCUUGGAUUCCAUAUGUCCCUGAGUUAUUUUUAUCAUAAAGCCACAAAUGUAUUAUAAGGCAAAUUGUAAUAUAUAUAAUCCUAAACUCAUGACCACGUCUCAGUUUAUUUUUUUCUUGGAGUGAAAAGUACUGAAAUUAAAUGUGACGUUAAAAUGAAAAUUUUCCUAUUUAUUUGAGUAUAAAAAUCACUUACCAGUGAAUCAUAUACUAUUUUAAAAUACUUUCUUUGGAUGUUUGUGAUUCUUUACUGGUUGUGAAUUAGAGAAGCUGGGAACAUAUGGUGUACAGUGAAGUCUGAAUUUUCCCAUCCUCCUGUGCAUCGUAAGCAUGUUUGUAAUAUUUUAAAAAAUACAUUUACUGAUGCUACAGGAAUUUCAAGCCUGUGGUAAAUGUUAGUAUUUACUGUAGGGAGGGUGGAUUUGUGGUUUCAUUGAAUUCAGUUAUUGCUUAUUAUACUCCAGUGGAAUCCUUUCCUCACAUACUCCUGCGGAUGUCUGGGCCUGGAAAUGUUUUUUUAAAAACACUUUUAUUAUGUACAAUAAAAUAUUUCAUUAGCUUGAAUUGUAUAGAUUUUAAAAAUUCUCUCAAUGAAAGCAUGUUGUUUAAUUUCUUUUAAAAAAAUCACAGUUGGGCUUUGAAAGCAUUGAGAAUAUAAACAUACAUAAAAUUAUGACACUUUUGGUUAGAUCGUUUUUUCUAGCUUUAAAAUACAAGUUUUCUCAUAUUGAGGUUCCAGAAGAAAGUGAAUUAAUAGUGUUAAUUAUCUAUUCCCUUUUUAAAAACACAUUUUUAAAAGUCUAAUAAUGAUUCUGAACUAAGCAUUAGGUAAAUCUUUAAUUGAUUAGCUUAAUUAUGUCAACUGGUCUGUCAUGGGUUUGUCAUGCACUGAAGGUUAAUUAUUUUGACUCUAUUUUAUGGCCUAGAAUGCUAUGUUAAAAAUAUAUAUGUAAUUGUUUCUGAGGUGAUGUGCAUGUUAAAGGUAAUAUUUAUCAAAAUAGA